AUGAUCAGUUCUCCUCUACCCGAGGAACUACCCCGAUAUAUGCAAAUUAAUUAUGAAAAAGAUGUGGAUAGCAUGCGUGUGACAGAAGUUGAGAACAGGUUGACAAUACUAAAUGAGAGAAAAGAGGGUGAGGAUGAAACAGAGAUGAGAGAGCGGCUAAAGGUAAUGUAAAGAACAUGGCAUCUACUGGUAUGGCAUGACCUAUCUACAGUAGCGAACCAUUCUCACCUUGUCUUUAUGGCAACCUGCUUAUAUGACCAAGCCACAUUCUACACCAACAGCGAAUAUGAAGCUGUCACUGGGAAAAAGGUAAAUAUCCAGUCAUUAGUUGAAGCACCAAAUGAAGAUCAAUUGUGUUACAUUGAGACCAGACUGUUUAGAGGAACUCUCAGAUGCCACUACUACAACCACUGGUGUACCUGUUGCAGACAAGAGAAGGUUUUUCCAUGGUUACAGUCCUUCUUGUCAAUACGAAGCUAGCCAACAGAAGGUUGGAAUUUCUACUGUGCCGUGUGUGGUGCCAAUGCUCAUCGGGUGCAUGAACUUGAUUAUGUGUUUUGUUGCCAAAUGUAUCACUGGAGGAUCGACAACAGUUGGUGUUUAAAGGUCCACAUGGUAAAGCAAAUUUUUUGGCAAAGUCAAAUAAACCUUUCCACGGAUUAACAAAACCCAAGUUGAAUACCAGAUCAAUCUACAAAGGAGAAAAAGAGAGAAUUAGAGCAUCUCUUGAAGGAUGA